AUGACGCAGGCCCCCGUAGAUGGCAUUGACUGGCCCGGCCUAUACCGCUGGUCUAUCAAAUAUUCUGAUGGCACGUCCCCGAAUUGCCGGCUAAGUGACGAAGAUGUGGCUUUUCUGCGAGGCGCUAUUCAGGAGGCGUUUGCGCAGGAGGAAAAGCCUAAUGAAGUGACAAAGGAACAAAUUGCCGUCAUAGAGAAAUUCCUCAGCGGCGAAGCUCCGGCCCGGGAUUGCAUUGCAGCCCUCUCAGUGCUACAGCGUCUCACGGACGAUUAUCCGGAGCUUUCGAGAGAUCUUUCCAAGCUCCAUGCGCUGGAGCCGUUGCUGCAUCUCUUGAGCGUGCCUGAAGACACAGCGGCGUCUGGUGCCUCCUUGGCUGCUUCCGAGCAGCAGCAGCAACAGCAGUACUCGCAGGGGAGGCAGCAGCUGCCGCAGGAAGUGCCACAGGAGAGCGAAGCUGCCAAGGCCUUUAUCAUCCUGGAAAAGGCUCUGGAAAUACUCGCGGCUGUCGUGCAAAACAACCCGCAGAUACAGCAGGCUGUGGCAGACCUGGGGGGGCUUAAGGUGCUCUUCAACUUGGUAAGAGAGAGUCCACGGAGCAAAGCUCUACGAGUCCGUUCGCUGCAGACGCUUUCGUGUCUUUUGCGGAAUCAUCGGCCUAGUGAAGAGCUUUUCCUGAGGAGCAGAGGCUUGAAUCUCCUGGUUUACGCCAUUCGGAGCGACGAUCCGAAGUACCAGGAGAAGGCAUGCUCUUUGUGCCGGCACUUGGUCGCUGAGGGCCUAGUCAGUCUUGAGUCUGCGCGAGAAACCGGUCUGUUUACCGCUCUGGAGAUGCUGCUGCCCUCCCUCCAAGACCUCCUCAACGUCCAAUUCGCAGAGACCGCAAUGCAGUUGGUUAUUAAACUCCUACAGCAGCACAGAAUGGCACUUUGUCGAUCCAAGGAGCUCCCGGCGCUUACGGCUUCUUUGAACAACCGAAGGGAGUGGCUAGAAUCCGCGCGAAGCCGUCUUAACAGCGAGCUUGAGUUUCUCAAUGCGAGGGCAGCUAUGAAGCUGCUGACAGCACAGGAGAGUGUGAAGCUGGAGGGCCUCCCGUAUGAUUUGGAAGCGGUCAACUCCCAGCUGGUACUUGUCGAUGAAGCCGUGGCACUCACAAACGUGCAGCAUCUCAUACCAACACAGCAAUCUCAACCGAGGCACAAGCAGGUGCAGCACCCAAGCAGAGCGCAGCAACCCCCUGCUCUUCCCUCUGGACCUGCUGAAGCAG